AUGGACAGAUAUGUCGGAGAUUUCUGUUGCCACGUGCGAGCCCGAGCCGUGCGUGAAUUCCCGGCUCGGUUUAAACGAGAUAACACCGGGCCCCGGGGAACUGGGGUGGGGCUGCCUGCCAAGCUACGGCUGACAGUGAGUCCCUUUGUGAUCAACAAGGCAUUAGUCGGAGCAGGCGGUUCGCCGUCAUCGGUCAGGAAACUUCGUAACGGAACUAUCCUGGUUGAGGCGGUAAACGCUCUACAAGCUCAGAAGUUCCUCUCCAUGAAGACUUUUUACGAUCAGGUAGAAAUCACUGUACAGCCUCAUGAAUCUCUAAAUUGCAGUAAGGGAAUAGUUUUCAGUCGCGAGAUGCUGUGUUGCUCAGAAGCGGAACUGAAGGAAGAGUUAAAGGAUUCUCUCGUCACUGAUGUUGUGAGAAUAACGAGGGUCGAGAAUGGUGUACCAACACCCACACCAGGUCACAUUUUGACCUUCGCCCUACCUCACCCACCAGCCACGAUUAGAGCAGGAUACCUUUCUCUUCAAGUUAAACCUUACUUCAGAAAUCCCCAAAGAUGUUUCAGAUGCCAGCGUUUCGGACAUUCGAGCAAAACAUGCAGCGGCUUAGAGACAUGUAGCAGAUGUGGUCAAAGUGGCCACAAUGACAAAGAUUGCACAAGCGGAGAAGAGCACUGUGUGAACUGUAAGGGCAAGCAUUCUUCAAGCUCUCGCAGUUGCAAAUUUUAUUUGGAGGAGAAAGAGAUAUUGAAGUUAGUUACACUAGAAAAACUGUCUUUUGGCGACGCCCGUAGGGAGUAUAGGAGACGACUUGGACAAACUCCAAGAAAAUACAUCUCCUACUCUCAGGCCGCUUCUGCUCCUCCAGCCCAGCCCGCACAGUGCUCCUCCUGCUCCGCUCUGGAGGGCAUGGUGCGAGAACUCACUAAACAGGUCGCUGCCUUGGUGCAGCAGUUAAAUGCCAAGGCCUUGCCGCAAACACAAGCGAGUAGUCAUACGACUUCUGCCCCGUAG